AUGGCAACUACCACCAAAUCGGAGAAGGGGACACCACCCCACUUAGCACUGUUUCCGUGUGCCGGCAUGGGCCACUUGAUGCCAUUCCUCCGGCUGGCAGCCAUGCUCGCUUCACGCGGCUGCAGCGUCACCUUCAUCACCGUCCAGCCCACAGUUAGUGCCGCAGAAUCAGAUCAUCUGUCCAGCUUCUUUUCAACCCAUCCGCAUAUCAAACGCCUAGAAUUUCCACUCCCUCCUUAUAAGAAAUCCAAGUUUUUAAACAACGAUCCUUUCUUUAUCCAGGCUGAAGCCAUUGGCAACGCUGUUCAUCUUUUGCGUCCAGUACUAUCUUGUUUAUCUCCAUCUCUGUCUGCUAUAGUUGCAGAUUUUUCUGUUGCUAGUAGCGUGAGCCAGCUUGCUUCUGAUCUCUCCAUUUCUACAUAUAUACUAAUUACGACUUCCGCUAGAUUCCUUUCUCUUAUGGUUUAUUUUCCUCUGCUCGCACAGUACAAGAAUACAAAAAAUAAUGCCGGUGGUGGAAAUGGUUACAUUGAGCUUCCUGGUAUAGGCCCAAUGCCUGUGUCUAGCAUUCCUCCAGCAAUGCUCGAUGAUAAUAAUUUCUUCGCAGUCAGUAUCAGUACAAACGUUUCGUCGAUCUUUAAAGUGAAAAGCAUUCUGAUUAACACGUUUAACUGGAUUGAAUCAGAAGCAAUUGAGGCACUGAAUAGUAGUGGAGUAGCACCUCAUCCAGCGCCUAUUCUUCCUGUUGGACCCUUGGAGUCUUUUGAUAUUGAACAGGCCUCUGAUCUUCCAUGGCUUGAUGAGCAAGCUCCAGAAUCAGUAGUUUUCGUUAGCUUUGGGAGCAGGACAGCACUGUCCAAAGAUCAAAUAAAAGAGUUAACCACUGGAUUGGAGAAAAGUGGGUGCACAUUCUUGUGGGUGUUGAAAGCAAGCAAAGUGGACAAAGAUGACACGGAAAAGGUAGAAGACAUAGUAGGUGAAUCAUUUCUUGGAAGAGCCAAGAAGAAGGGUAUUGUUAUAAAGGGAUGGGUGAACCAAGAGCAGAUCUUAGCACACCCAGCGAUUGGAGGAUUUGUUAGCCAUUGUGGUUGGAACUCAGUGAUAGAAGCAGCCAGACUAGGAGUGCCCAUUUUGGCUUGGCCACAGCAUGGUGACCAGAGGAUUAAUGCAGAGGUGGUUGAAAAGGUGGGAUUCGGGUUGUGGGUUAGGGAGUGGGGCUGGACAGGGGAGAAAUUGGUGGACGGAAAUGACAUAGCGGACAGGAUAACAGAGCUGAUGCUAAGCGAAAACUUGAGGGCUAGAGCAAAGGAGGUGAAGGAAAAAGCUCGGCACGCAAGAGAAACGAAUGGAAGUUCAGAAAGGUUGCUCCAAGGCCUAAUUGACUCAUUCAAGAGCAAGGAAGAAACCUGA